CCACCUUGUUUGCAUAUUUGUUGCAUCCAAGAAAGCAAAAAACAAAAGAAAAAAUGACAAGAAAGAAGGUGAAGUUAGCUUAUAUCACUAAUGAUUCAUCAAGAAAAGCAACAUUCAAGAAAAGGAAGAAAGGUUUGAUGAAGAAGGUGAGUGAAUUAAGCACCCUUUGUGGUAUUGAUGCUUGUGCUAUUAUUUAUAGUCCUUAUGACAACUCACCGGAAGUGUGGCCAAACAUCAUGGGAGCUCAACACGUGCUGUCAGAGUUCAAGAGGAUGCCCGAGAUGGAGCAGAGCAAGAAGAUGGUGAAUCAAGAGAGUUUCAUGAAGCAGAGGAUUGCAAAAGCGAGCGAGCAGCUGAAGAAGCAGAGCAAGGAGAACAGGGAGAAGGAAAUGACUGAAGUUAUGUAUCAGGCUCUGGCCGGAAAAGGUUUGCAAAAUUUGAACCUGGGAGAUCUGAACGAUCUCAGCUGGGUGAUCGAUCAGAAUAUGAAGGGGAUCUACAAGAGGAUUGAGGCGAUUAAAAAAGGAGCUUCGACUUCAUCUUCUUCUGCUGCAGCAGCGCCGCAGGUAGCUGCUGAGCGUAAGCCUGCUGUGACGGGGUUGGGAUUGGAAGGAAUGCAGAGGACACAAGCAGAGUGGUUUAAUGAUUGGAUGAACAACAACACAAGUGAACAACAACUUGGUUUUGGACAUGGAAAUGAGAUGAUCAUUACCAACUUCAAUAAUAACCACAAUGCUAAUGUGUGGCCUAAUGAUUUCUUUCCUUAGAUUUAAUUUUCAUGCAUGGUACUUCGGAAUCGAUAGUAAAUCCUAUUUUCGAUAGGGGCAGUUGAUAACUGAAUCCGAUUUUAUCCAUUAUUUUCAUAUUCGUCUUUCUGAAUUUUGGUUUAUGUUUUUUUUUGUUGUUAUUUUCUAAAUUUGAUUGAACAAUUUGGAGUUUUUUUUUUUUAUAUGUAUAAAAGUGUUAUUAUUCUAAUAAAUUAUGUCACCAAGAACUCCAAUUCAUUGCUAUUAUUAUGACAUUUUGUAGAUAAUG